GCUUCGUUGGCCAAAACCAGCUAGAAGAAGGCCUUAAAAGGGCCGACCACCGCUGCGGCAUGAUGCUUUCAAUACGAUGCUGUUGCCGGAGUUGCUGCUGCUGGUGCUUGGCCUGGCCGUGUCCAUGUCCAUGUCCAUGUCGGACGCGUACGAUCGGAGUGUCAACUAUUGGGAGGCAUUUGCCCCGGGCAAGCUGCUGCAGCGUUUGGAUGCACUCACCCUGACAGAUGUGGACCAGAGCAAACUGGGCAAAAUGCCCGAAAUGAUUCAGGUGCUGGCAGAAACGCAGGCCAAUGCACAGACGGAGCCCAAGGCGGAUGAGGAUGUCGAUGGGGCGGACGAUGAGGUGGACAGCCUGAGUGCCGAGACCAGCCAUGAAGCGCCACAUUCUGGCGAGGAUUACGAGCGCAACUACGAACAGUUUGUGAAGGAAUACUUCGAUCGGGCCGCCUCGGACGAUGGGGAUGCAGAUGCGGAUGCGAAUGAUGGCAGCAGCAGCAUGGAGCAGACCCACGCAGAGGCCAUCAACCACAAGGAUCAGCGCUGUCGUCGCGUGCGUCGGCAGGGCCAGCUGUGCGAGAUUUGCCGCCAGGCCAAAAACAAUCAAGUCUCGGAGACCUGCAGCUACUCGAACUCCGAUAAGCCGGAGAAGUAUGUCUAUGGCAGUGGCAGCCAGUACAAGCUCUAUCGCGAUGAUGCUGCGGACAAAGACGACGACGACGAUGACGACAGCGAGCAGGAAACCGUGGCCGUGGAGGCCAAGGAGGAAUCAGACGCCGCCGCCAGCAGUCUGUGUGUGCGACGGCUGCAGGGCAAAAGCGUCUGCUAUCAGUGCAAGGACAGCAAGGGCCAGCGACUGGAGCGCUGCUAUGAUAUGCUGGAAAAGCGUAAAAAGAAAACGGCGGCCUCCUCAUCCGCCGCAGCAACGAACACGAAGAGCAAGCCCAAGGUCGCCUCCUUCUCCUCCUCCGCGAAACGGAAGCCACAUGCCCGCCAGUCGCAGCAAUCGGAGCAGGAGCAACGCAUCUACAAGCGCACCAUUAGCUACAGCUAUGCCCAGGGCUCCAAUCCGAAUGAUGGGGAGCUGCAGCCGCCGCCGCCGCCGGCAGAGAUUACGACUACAGCAGCAGCACUGCCAGCGAAUCAGCAUCGUCGCCGUCGCCUGGUCAAGAUCUUGCGAAGACGGGGGCCCGUUCCGUGAUUGCAUAUAUCAUUCCCUUAGCCGCCCCGCUCUCCCCAGUUCUCCCAGUAGCUAAGAUAUAAUAUUACAAAUAUUUUUUUUUUGUUUGCAAUAAAA